AAUUUUUAAUUAUUUUCAAACUGGAACUUAAUAUGUGAAACAAGAUGACGUCUCUGGGUUGGAAAUUUGUGAUUUACAGCUUCAUUAUUUUUGCCCUAAAUGUGGAUUUACAAAUUAUAAAUGGAGACUCAAUGUGUGAAAGAAAAAGUAAAGAAAAGAAUCGAUACAGAAUAUGCUUCAGUGAUGAUAACAUCUGGUGUGAUCUUUCGCUGCGUAAGAUUAUCCCACAGCCUAAAGACAUGGAAAAACUAUCGGUUAGAAGAAAAGCUUCAACUGCAAUCGGGCUUUUUAUCAAUGAUAGCUGUGUUGCAAGUUUAGAAAAAAAUGAUCUCGUAGGAUAUCCAAAGAUCAGAGUAAUCAAUCUCGCAAAUAACUCAAUUGAAACAAUACCUAAGGCCGUGUUUGAAAACAAUAAAGAUUUGGAAAGAAUUGAUCUGUCUGUCAACUUGAUUACGGAUAUUUCACAACAGGCUUUUGCGGGUCUGACAAAGCUGACGUAUUUGAAGUUGGAUAACAAUAGAAUAACAGGAAUUCAAAGCGGGACAUUUUCUAUAUUGGCUGCUUCGCUGCAAUUUCUGUCGAUUCAAAACAAUCAACUUGCGUCGAUUGACAUUGGACAAUUUAAUGGUUUGAAAAACUUGGAAACUUUAAACUUGAAAGAUAACAGGAUAUCCCAUAUAGAUGGCUCGGCGUUCUUUUCUUUGAACUCAAUCAACGAAUUAUACCUUGACGGUAUCCUAAUUCGUGAAUUCACCAACAAUAUGUUUGAUGGAUUAGAAAACUUGGAAAUCUUGUCUAUCUCAAAUAACGAACAUUUUGAUAAAUUGCCAGACGGUUUCGGGAAAAAUUUCCGGAACCUCCGGACACUAAAUAUCUCUUCCAAUAACCUGGGAAAUUUGAAUUCCGACAGUUUCGACGAUAUGAAAAAACUAGAAAAACUUGAUUUGGGGAAUAACUCUUUGACUGAAGUCUCCGAAGCUCUCUUUCUCAAAAAUACCUAUCUGACUUUUAUUGAUCUGAGCCAUAAUUAUAUUGAGGACAUACCAAAAGAAACAUUCCAACAUUUGAGACAACUGAUGACGUUACUACUCCAGAAUAACAAACUAUCAACUCCGCACAAAGAAUGGUUUGCACAGCUGGUCAAACAAAUUGAUCAACGAAUGAUUGAAGUUAACAUAUCUGGUAACGAAUGGAAUUGUGACUGCAAUAUUUUAGAAUUUUGGGAUUUCGCUGAAAAUCUUAAGAGAAGUAGAAGUACGACAUCAACAACUCUUGCUGAUCAACUUGAAAUUAAAUGUCGUUCACCAAAACUCGUUAAAGACGACAUAUUAAAUACAAACGUAGCUUUGCAUAUCAAAAAUCGUGACAGUCAACAAUGCAAAAAAUCAUCAACCACAAAAGCAUAUCCUAUCUCAUCUCGCGAACAACAAACUCCGAAAAAGAUCACUAUAAUUACUAACACUACUACAUCCACAACUCCCAUAACACCCAGCAAAGCUCAGACCAUAAAUACCCCAAAGUUGUUGCAAGUGCAAAAUGAACAUUCUACUGACAAACCAACAUCCAUCGUCACUGAAACCCAGAUUGGGGAAAAAUCAAAUUUGAAGGCGAUAAUUAUUGCGCUAGGCGCAGUUAUAGUCAUUAUAAUUCUUGGUGUCCUCAUGUGGUGCAGAUGUAGGAGAUUACCAUUAUUUCAGGCAAAAUUAAAUUCGAAAAAACAAAGAAAUGAUUCGGGAGAGCCGUUUUUGGACCCAAAUGAUGCAAUAUUGAUGAGAGAAUCGUCGCAAGAGCCGUUCUCGUCCGACUCAAGCAUAGAAGGUGGGAUUGUCUUACAACGAAUCAACCCACGACAGGGACGCCUUCCAUCUAUCCCAACACAAAUUUCCAUUUGCCCUAGUCGAAGUAGCAUAAAUGAUCAAUAUCACCAAAGCAAUUUAACGUAUCAGUCCGUUGCCCCCUUCACAACGCCUGAUCAUACACAACUGCAGCACCAAACUUACCCUCAAAUGCCUUUGCCAAGCGUUCCUCAAGCACCGUAUCCAUCUGGGCAUCAAGUGAUGAUAACACCAUCUCCGGCAUAUUCAAUACCUCCAUCAAUGUCACAAGUUACUAGACCAAAAGAAAUUAGAACCGGAUAUGGUAGUCUCGGACCUGCCUUAUGGGAGAAUAAUAACAAUACCGCUAAAUUCGACGAUAUUCGACUGGAAACAAUAAAUGAGAGAUUACCACGAGUUCACAAAAAAUCGUUGUGUGAAAAUUGCGGCCACGAAUCAAUGCUAGAAGCCAUCACAAGACCAAAACGAUUGUAUACUAGCGAGAGUAGCGUCGGAGAGGUUUUAGAUAGCCUUGAAGCAGAUUUAUCAAGGCGUAAUAAACCCGUACGCUAUAAUAGUAUGGAAGACGUUUUUGAGUCUUGUGAAAGUCUGGCAGCAGAAACAAAGCCCAAACUACCUGUAUCAAUACCUUUGUCAUCGCUGCUUUCGGAAAACAGCAACGCCGAUUCUAAUGAAGCAUUGCAAAGUAUUGAAUUUUUCUCUAUCGAGACGAGAGCAGAUGGAGACGGUGCAGAAGCCCGUAACAGUCUUUUUUCAAGCUUGAAUCAAAACCCGCCAAUAUCGUAAAGUCGUUACAAACGAAAUUUGCGAGUAGGAAUAAAACGAUGGACGAUUACACCCAGUGUCAAGCGAGUUUGUGUGCGGUCACCGACAAACACACCCGCGUGUGCGUAAUAUGAUAUCGCGUCGAGCAACCGCCAUGAUAUUCGAAAACAGAGUCGAGAUAUAGAAUAGCUUAGCGAAUUGCUUUAAAAUGCUGAGAGCAUUAG